AUGGUACCCAUCAAAGAAAGCUGCGUUGAUGUGCUCAUCAUUGGUGCUGGCCCAGCCGGUCUAAUGAUGGCCGCUUGGAUGGCCAAGUGUGGUAUCAACACGCGCAUCAUCGACAAGCGCGGCACCAAGGUCUUCAACGGCCAGGCCGAUGGCCUACAGUGUCGCACGCUGGAAAUUAUGGAAUCUCUGGGUUUCGGCCACCGCGCAUGGCGCGAGUCCAACCACAUGCUCGAGGUCUGCAUGUGGAAUCCAGACGAGGCUGGCAUACUCCGCCGCAGCGACCGGAUCGCAGACACGUUGCCCGGUCUCAGCCGUUUCCAGCAGGCAGUUCUGCAUCAAGGGCGGAUCGAAAGAUUUUUCCUAGACGAGAUCGAGGAUUGCAGCGGUAUUCGUGUUGAGCGCGGCGUCAUGCCCACCAGCCUCAAUAUCGACGAAGAGGCUGUUGAGGACCAACAUGCAUACCCAAUAACGGUUAUACUGCGGCACCUAACAGAGGAAGAAGCUACGCCCAAUCAAACAGCUACGGUCGCUGACGGACAAUCAGUUCGAAAUGGUAUAUAUCGAAGCAACCUGGCAAAGGACGACACGGAUGACCUCCUCGCCACGUCCAAGUUGAACGAAAAGGCCAACACGGAAGAAAUCGUGCAUGCGAAAUAUAUGCUAGGCGCGGAUGGAGCGCACUCUUGGACGCGAAAGCAGAUAGGCCUUUCCCUUGAAGGAGAGUCCACAGACUACAUCUGGGGCGUGCUAGACAUUGUGCCGAUCACCGACUUUCCUGACAUCCGAAUGCGCUGCGCCAUUCAUUCGGCCAACUCGGGUAGCGUCAUGAUCAUUCCUCGAGAGAAUAAGCUGGUGCGCGUAUAUGUGCAGCUGACAACGACGCAAAAGAUUGGCGAUGAGGCGGGAGGCCGCGCGGACCGCUCAAAAGUCAGCCCAGAAGUCAUCAUCGGUGAGGCGCAAAAGAUUUUGGCGCCAUACAAAAUUUCGUACAAGAAGCUAGAUUGGUGGACAGCUUAUCAGAUUGGCCAGCGCGUGGGUACAGAAUUUUCAGUCCAUGAACGAGUCUUUCUCGCCGGCGAUGCUGUACAUACGCAUAGCCCCAAAGCUGGCCAAGGUAUGAAUGUGAGCAUGCAGGACACAUUCAAUCUCGGAUGGAAGAUUGCAAGUGUACUCAAGGGUCAGGCAAAUCGGUCUAUUCUCAAAACGUACCAGUCUGAAAGAAGAAAGGUGGCACAAGACCUCAUCGCGUUCGACCACAAAUUCUCUCGUCUCUUCUCUGGCCGUCCCGCCAAGGGCGAUGCAGAUGCUGAAGGAGUCAAGAUGACAGAUUUUAAGGACGCUUUUACAAAGGGAAACCUGUUCGUCAGCGGAACCAAUGUGGACUAUGGUGCCAGCACCAUUGUCGCCAAGGCUGGUGAUGCGUCAGUCCAGGGCGAUGGCACAGAUGUCUUGGUAGGCGAUGAAAAAAAUCGCCUCAUCUCAAAUCAGGAAUUGGCUCCCGGUCUCGUGGUUGGCAAGCGCAUUCCGAGUGUCAAGAUCCUGAGCCAGGCCGACGCCCGCCCGUGGCAUCUGCAGGAACUUCUUCCAAGCAACGGCCGCUGGCGCGUGCUCGUGUUUCCAGGCGACGUGCAGAGUCAGGCGCAAGCGGCUCAGCUCAUCGAUGUGGCUAAUAGUUUUGACGCUAGCAACUCUUUUGUGUAUUGCUUUACACCCGCUGGCGGCCCUAUCGACGCGGUGUUCGAGAUUUUUGCCAUACACAGGGCGCCACGCACUGCUGUCACCAUUUUCGACUUUCCUUCGAUCUUCAGGAGAUUCUCUGAGACUGACGGCUAUGACUAUGACAAGAUCUACGUGGACGAUAUCUCGUAUCAUGAAGGGCACGGGAAAAUCUACGAAGAAUUUGGUAUUGCCGAACACGGCUGCAUUGUGGUGGUGCGUCCGGAUCAGCAUGUCUCCUACAUUGGAUCAUUGAGUGAGCCCGCCGCCGUGACGCAGUUCUUCUCUGCCUUCAUGGUACCACAGAUGGAGUAG